AACACAAUGCGCGAAUGAUAAGCACACGGUGACCUCACCAUGCAGGCACAAGAGUCCAUCAAUCAGAACCCAAAAUAGUGUUGGUGUAAUAUACGUAGAUUAGUGACAAUAGACCGAUUGUUUAUUAUUUAAUUAUUGAAAAGAUGCCGGUCACCACUUUUUUUGCUCCAGUUUCCGUGAAAUCGAUAGAAAGCGUCGAGGCGCACGCGUGUUGAAUUUCUCCUCAAACGCGACAAUUUUUCCGACAACUAUAACAAAUUGCCAGUCGAAAAUGUCCAAUUGAUUACCAUGAGAGAAGACCUCAAGACACAACAGCAGUCUCAAUCAUAACUAUUACGCAUUAAACAUGUGAUUAAAAUUAAGCGUUUCCGCUUAUCGUAUUAAAUUGUACAAUAGUUGUUAUUGUGUAAUUGUUGAGCAGUGUGUGCUAGUGUUGUGAUGAUGGCUUCGGUCUUAAAAUAGUUAUCCCUGUUCCGUUCUUCAGGGAACUUUUUGUUAUAGUUUUGUUUUGUUUUUUUAUUUUUAUUAUUGUUGCGUCUCAACAAUACUGAAAAUUAGUACCGAAUUGCAUUUGCGAGAAUCGGAAAAAUGGGCAACCUUCAAACGAACGAAUCCAAGUCGUCGAAAGGGAAAGUGAAAGCGUUAAUGCUUAGAAGAGGGAAAAAGGACAAGUUGGAGGAGCAAUUCUUGGAUAUCGCAGCAGUUCAAAAAGACGUGAAAAAUGAAUCGGAAGGAAGUUGCGAAGACGUCACACUUACGGCCGAUGAGAUAAUAAACAAGCCGAAAACAGAUAAAGUCGUAGUUACAGACUCUUGGCAGAAGAUCAACAAGGUGUCUGGCAACAACCCUCCCGAAGUAUUAGAGACAACGCCCCAAAGCAAUUCCAGUUCAGAUUCGGCAUUUACCGAUCCUCUUGUAUCUUCCAAUUAUUCAAAAGAGAAAUCCGUGAAUAUAGACGACAUAGGAGUAUCGGACUCAAUGAUCACCGAGUUCCUGAAUUUACCUUUGAACAGCUUCAAGUUGAAUGAUUACAAAGUCAGAAAAGAAGAAGAGCUAGAGAAGAAACUGAGUAAAUUGGGUGUCUCUAAAGUGAGCCAAAUAAGUUUGGACAGUGAUCCAUGUGGUCGUUUUGCUUCGGCUAAUGUGGAGUGCGUAAAUGAAGAAAAUAAGCCCAUGAACAAUACGACGACUGAAAGCGGUUUUUUUAGUGGACAGGAAAUCAGUGAAACGUUGGAAAAUGAUAGCGGAAAUUCACAUGGGUCUUUAUCUACUCUUUCUAUAUUUAACGACAAUAUUCCAUCGGCAAAAGAAAAACCGAAAAAACCUUCUUUGGAUAUUAAAAUUGCCAACUCGGUUCCAAAAUAUGGGAGGCAUAUGUCAGUACCGGGAGAACUCGUGUCGAAUUUUAAAGAAGACAGUUUGAUAUUAAAGAAGGUAGCUUCCCUUACACUGGACAAAGCAACAUUGGACGCGAAAAUAGCAAAACCUAAAUUUGUGCCUGAAAAAUUAGACUUCAAACUUUACGAAAAAUUCGAAGGCCACAUGCUCAUCAACUGGUACCUGUCCGAGUUCGGGGAAGAUCACUAUUUGAGAAAAGUUCUACAUGGACAGGACCUCAAACUUUUAGCGAUACAGUUUUGUACCCACUUGUUGGCCGCCGGUGUAGUCAAGCAAAUUCCUGAUAAAGACGCACCCAUGUACAAUAUUUUCAAGCCCGAUCUAAUGUAUUACUGGGCACAUACGGAAGCACCACAAUCGGUUCCCCAAACGCCUGGAAAAUUCACAACUCUCCAUUGGCCUCCAACGUCUCCAUCGCCGUCAGAAGUUUUCUAUUCACCUGCUUACACGGACAUUUCGUCAUCUAAAAGCACCCUUCAAGCAAUAACACCAACAGAGGUAGAAACGAAAUUGUCUGCCAAAAAUGCAGAAAUAACUUCUUUAGAAGACGAAAUAAACAGGUUAAAGCAGGAAAUAGAAAAGUACAGGACACUGACAAACAUAGAAGAGCUGACUGCGAAAACCACGGCGGAUUUUAGCUCUCCUACAGAAGAAACGAAAACUACUUGUGAUUACUGUGAUAAAUGUAGAAAUAAACUUUCAACUGACAAUAAUAAUUCGUCUAGUUUAAGGAUUAAAAGUGAUACACUGAGUUCAAACGAAAUAAAAGUAGACUCCUAUAUUCAAACCGAUUUAAAUAGUUCCGCUAUUGAAAAAUUGCUGCUUAUUAGUACAAAUCAAGAUAAGGACGCACUAGCACAAUUGUUAAACAAAUCUACCUCAUCUCCUAGCAUUAAUAAUAAUCAAUCUGCUCUCACGAACGAUUCUAUUUGCCAAACAUCAGAACCCAUUACGAAAUCAGUUGACACUAAAGAAACACAAACCGAUUAUCAUGAACCUCUUGCAAUACAAAAGGAUCUACAAACAACAACCACAACACCAAUUCCUCCAUCACCACCUUUCGCGGGAACAUUAUCUUGCUCUUCAUCGAUUCCUCCACCUCCACCCCCACCUCCAUUGCCUUUGACAACAGACGCCCCUCCACCACCUCCACUUCCUGGUACAAUAGGACCUUCACCUCCUCCACCACCACCCCUACCUGGAACAGCAGGUCCUCCGCCUCCACCACCCCUCCCAGGAACUGCAGGUCCUCCUCCUCCUCCUCCUCCUCCUCUUCCUGGAAUGGCUGGCCCUCCUCCUCCUCCACCUCUUCCUGGAAUGGCAGGUCCUCCUCCACCACCACUACCUCCAGGACAAGCUGCGCCACAUCCAACAGGAGCAGGUCCUCCACCACCUCCACCACCCCCCGGAAUGUGCAACUCAAAACUUAUUCCGCCGCCGCCGCCGAUAAAUGGGCCGGUGCCUUUUCCAUCACCACCCCCUGAGGGUUGGAAUCCUCAAAAAAAUCCGGUUCCUGCAGUCCCUUAUCAACUCGUUUUGCGUAAGAAGCCAAUUAUUCCCGCCACUCCUAUGAAACCGCUUUACUGGACAAGAAUCGUCGUCCCAGAAAAUGCAAACCUUUCGGAAUCAAUCGAUGAUGUCGACAGUCCAACGUUACCAUUGUGGUCCCAAAUAGACGAAGUUCCUUUAAAAAAUAUGAACGAAUUCACGGAACUGUUUUCUUAUCAGGCCAUUGCAAGAAAACAGACAAAAAAGAAACAGGAAACUGCUCCAAAAGCUACAGCUGUGAAACUUUUGGAUAGCAAAAGGUCACAGAAUGUUGGAAUUUUGGCUCAAAGUUUACAUGUAGAAUUUUCGGAAAUCGAAAAUGCUAUCUACAAUUUCGAUACAUCUGUUGUUAGUCUGGAGGCUCUUCAGCAGAUUUACGAAGCGAGAGCAACGCCAGAAGAAAUUAAACUCAUUAACACCCAUCUUAGUGACAACCCCAGUAUUCCUUUAGAUAAACCGGAAAUGUUUUUGCGUGACCUAUCAGAAAUAUCCAAUUUUGCUGAAAGGAUAUCUAGCUUUAUGUUUCAAGUGGAAUUUGAUGAUUCACUAUCAUCGGUAGAAAAUACGCUAACCAACAUUAAAACUACGUGCGACUUUUUGGUAAAAAGUCCAUCCCUGAAAGACAUCCUAUCAAUAAUAUUAACGUUAGGGAACUAUAUGAAUGGAGGUAACAUGACCAGGGGGCAAGCUGAUGGUUUUGGACUAGAAAUUUUGUCGAAAUUAAAAGACGUCAAAUCAACGAAAGAUUCCCAAACUACCCUCCUCCAUUUUAUAGUCCGUACAUACAUGUGCAAGUUAGAUAGUCCCUUUUUACUUAAUUUCCCGCUACCAGUCCCUGAACCAGAAGACAUUCGAAGAGCUGCUGCUGUUAAUUUUGAUGAAGUUUGUCAAGAUUUACAAAAAUUGGAAACUCAAUUAAAGGCUUGUGAAAGGCGAAUACAAAAGGUAAUCGAUGAAUCAACUCCAGAAAACUUGGAACCUUUUAAAGAAAAAAUGUCCAAUUUUUUGGAAAAUGCUUACAAACGAAUGUCCUGCCAAAAAGAAUAUUUAGAAGAAUGUAAAAGGAGAUUUAUCAGUACAAUGAAGUUUUAUCAUUUUAAGCCUAAAUCUGGCACCGUAGAAACUUUUCCACCAAACGAGUUUUUCGAAUUGUGGUUACAGUUUUCCAAGGACUUUAAAGAUAUAUGGAAAAAGGAGAUACUACGAUUAGAAAAGGCAAAGAAAGACGAUUUGCGAAGAAGGGAGAAAGAAAAAGUGUCACAAAAUAUUUCUAUCAAGAAACGAGAAAAUGGUUUGAAAUCGAGAGUUGAAAGACUGAAACAAAAACUUAAAUAAAGCCAAAUCUUGUUUGAUUUUAUAUGAAUUUUAAAGUACCUAAGUAUUUAAUCUAAAUUUU